AUGGACGAGGCCGCGGCGGCCUACCGGCGGUUCCAGGAGGAGGAGCACACGCGGCGCGUCCUGGCGCAGAUCUCGGAGCGGCCCUGCGGCAUGACUAGGACGCGGACCUUCGAGGAGGCGCGCGAGCGGUGGCGCGCGGCCGACGGCCGCCGCGCGCGGGCGCAGUGCGCGCGCUGGGACGACGCCGAGGAGCGGAGCCAGAACCGGCACGUGCUGUCGCUGUCGCGCAUCCGCCGCGAGGAGGUCGCGCUGAUGAGGGAGGAGACGCGGGCGCGCGACGCGCACCGGGACCAGGUCCGCGAGUGGCAGGAGCAAGCGAGGGAGCGCGACGAGCGGCGCAAGGCUCGCGCGAGGGAGAUCGAGGCGGGCCUGUCGCAGAUCCGCGAGGCGACGCGGUGGAGCAUCCGGCGCGCGACCGAGGCGCCGCCGCGGAACCCUCGUCCGCCGGCGGACGAGGAGUGCGCGAUCUGCCUCUCGCGGCUGCCCGACGACGCGCUCGAGACGCCCUGCGGCCACAGCUUCUGCGCGACGUGCCUCGAGGCGUCCGUGAAGACGUCGCCGAGCUGCCCGCUCUGCCGGGCGACGCUGCACCGGGCCUACGUCGAGGCCCAGGGCUGGGCCUACCCCGCCGACGACCCGGCGCCCCGGUCGCUCCCCGCCGUCGUCGACAACCCCCCGCCGCGCCGCGCGCCGAACAUCGUGCGCGUCGGCGCGGCGCGCGGGCCCGCGUCGACGACGUUCUACGCGCUGCCCGACUCGCGCUGCGCGGCGCGCGUCGCCGGUCUCCUGCGCGAGGUCGUCUUCGAGCGCGAGGACGGGACCGUCGAGGCGCGCGCGGACCCGCCCUACGAGGUCAACGUCGGCCCGGGCGACGUCGCCGUCGUCGUCGGGCUCCACCUCGCCGAGGGCGGCGACCCCAUCUUCGUCCCGCUCCGGUCGACGUCCGCCGCCGUCGUCGUCGAGCUCGCCGACGGCGGACGGCAGGAGACGACGAUGCAGGGCCAGCUGCGCCACAUCGGCGACCUCGCGCGCGCGCAGCAAGCCGCGGGGUCCCACAUCGAGGGCCUCCGCGACCGCGUCUCGACGAUCCGCUCCCAGGCCGACGUGCUCCGCGACAAGCUCCGCGACCUCCGCCGGUCCCACGAGAACGCGCGCCGCGAGAUGACGCGGCUCGGCGCCGCGCACGAGGCCGCGCGCGAGGCCGCCGCGCCGCGGCCCGGCGCGAGCCCGCCGUGCCCGCGACCGGCGGACGCGCCCUGGACGGCGCCGUGCACGACGUGGACGCGCGCGCCGGAACCCUAA